AUGAUUGUGAAAGAAUCGAGAUGGGACCAGCGAGGCAAGCGGCCUGCCAGAAUCGCCAAUGUCUCGGGGGCCAGAACCGAUCCUGGUUAUCAUAUGCGUCGACAGGCGGAAUGGGGCGACGUUGAUUUCUUGACGGGCGACUACCUCGCCGAGAUCAAUCUACCAGAAAACAAAAAGGGAAUGGAUGCCGGCUUGCACGAGGGCUGGGAGCCGACUUGCUGGGACGGUUUCGUCCAGACCAUUGAUCUUAUCGCUGAGAAAGAGCUCAAGGUCAUUGUCAACGGAGGCGCCCUGAACCCGGCCGGGCUCGCCGCCAAAGUCCAACAACUUGUGAACGACAAAGGCUAUUCUCUCAAAGUAGCCUACCUCUCGGGCGACGAUCUGACCGAAGAAACGAAAGACCAAAUCGCUCGAACGGGCCAAAUCCCAGCUCAUCUCGAUUCCAACAACCCCGAGGUCAAGGUUGAAAAGCUCGCAGGUGCACUCCAGGAUCACCAGUCUAGACCGGUGAUCACUUCGCAUGCAUACCUCGGAGCCAGAGGACUUGUCGGUGCUCUAGAGGGGGGCGCAGAUAUCGUCAUCGCCGGCCGCGUCGCUGACGCUUCCCCCGUUAUUGCUGCCGCCUGGUACUGGCAUCGAUGGAAGCCUACAGACUACGACCAGCUCGCGAGUGCCUUGAUCGCGGGCCACUUGAUCGAAUGCUCAGCCUACACGACAGGCGCCAAUUUCGCCGGCUUCGAUAAGUUCGAUCUGGACCUGUUUGUGGACCUCCCCUUCGGUAUCGCCGAGGUGGCCAACGACGGCACUGCCGUGAUCACAAAGCAUGAAAACACCAACAAAGGCAUAGUCAACGCAGACACCAUCACAUGCCAGUUUCUCUACGAGAUCCAGGGCGCCAUCUACUUGAACAGCGACGUGUCCGCCGACACGACCAACAUCAAAAUUAGGGACGUGGGCAAGAACCGCGUCGAAAUGUCCGGCAUCAAGGGCUACCCGCCGCCGCCUACGACGAAACUGGCGGUCUUCUAUGAUGCUGGCUAUCAGUGCCAGCUUCUAGCCAACGCUACCGGGUACGCCACGGACAAGAAAUGGGAGUUGUUCGAGAAGCAGAUGCGGUUUUUCCUCAACGAGAGAGGGGUGCUGGAUCAGUUUGACCAUCUCGAAUUCCAGAUUGUGGGAGUUCCAGAACCCAAUCCUCGAAGCCAACUCCGCAGUACGACCUAUUGUCGUAUCUUUGCACAGGCUCCAACCGAAGAGCCCGUUUCCCAGAUCUUCCCUGCCUGGGCAGACCAUGUAAUGCAACACUUUCACGGCAAAUCCACUCUGAUACCGGGUUUAGGGUUGCACUGGUCCCUCGACUACCGCACCGCCCACCCCAAGCCAUACAUCUCCUUCUAUCCCGGCCUGUACGACCAGACCUCACUCAAAGAAGCCGCCCACAUCCUAGGUAAAGACGGCCAAGUCGCCAAAACCAUCGACGCCGUCCUACCGACCGAGUUCUACCACCUAGAACGACGUAUCAACUUCGACGCCGACCCGUGCACCCUACGCAACCCACAGGGUCCCACGCGAACAGUCACGCUGGGCGACAUCGCCUACGGCCGGUCCGGCGACAAGGGCGCCAACUGCAACUUCGGCAUCUACCCGCGCAACCCGGCGCACUGGGACUGGUUCCGCGGAUACAUGUCGCGGAAGAAGCUGCAGGAGCUGAUCGGCGACGACUGGCGGGACUCGUUCUUCAUCGAGCGCAUGGAGUUCCCGGAGAUCAAGGCCGUGCAUUUUGUGGUGUAUGGAAUUCUCGGGAGGGGCGUGUUGGCGAGUACCUUGCUUGAUUCGCUGGGGAAGGCGUUUGCGGACUACAUUCGAGCGAAGACGGUCGAGGUCCCGGUUGAGGUCUUGGAGCUGUAA